AUGGCAACUGAACACGGAGAGUCUAAGCUCUUCGAGCAGUGUUGCCUCUGUAUUGUAUGCUCCAAGGAUCUCGAGAGAGAAUCCGCGGAGCAGUUGGCAACUCUCCUCGAGCAAAAUGGCGGCGAGCCUCUGAUUGUCCAACCUGGUGCUGAAGUCCCCGAUGUAGCGAAGUUCAGCCAUUUGAUCUCUACCACGAUUGACUUCGAAGCCUACGAUACCAUCUGCGAUGCGCUGAUCCCUGUGGUGAAGCCACAGUGGGUGAAUAACUCAUUGAUGAAGCGAAAAUUGGCCAACCCUCGCCAAUACAGCCCAGACCCGCGUCUGUUCAUGAACGAUGUGGUCGUUACCUGCGGCGAUAUACCUGAGGGAGACAAGGAUGCAAUCAUAGGUGGUGUCGUCGCAAAAGGUGGUUUGUACUCCCCAAGAGUUUCUCAGAUGGGUACACACCUGGUGGACCUCACGGCCGAUUCCGACAAAGCGCGCAUUGUCCAGGCGAAGAAAUUGAACGUGAAGAUUGUACUACCGCACUGGUUUGACGACUGCCUUAAACUUGGUCGACGAAUCGAUGAACGUCCAUAUACACUUCCAGAUCCAGAGAUCUUGCGUGUGGGUCCUGAUACUCCAAUCCGAUGGCAAGAGAAUAAGGAUUUGGUCGGUGCAUCGACAACGGAUCCUUCUAAGCUGCCAACGCCAUCCAGUUCCGCCCAUAAGUCAGGCCAACAAAGUGUCUUUGAAGGGAAGUCCAUUAUGCUGUCUCCGGAUCUUGGAAUCGGCUUGCACUUGCAGGAAUCGAUCCAAGCUGUCCUCGAACAAGGUGGUGCCACAAUGACAUCAACUAUUGAUGGGGCAGACAUGUUAAUUUGCCGUUACCGGGAAGGAUUUGCCUACCGCACGGCAUCGCGACUGAACAUAGACGUUGGGAAUCUUGCAUGGCUCUACCGCCUCAUUACAUUCAACACAUAUACUUCACCCCUCAGGCGACUACUGCAUUACCCAAUCUCUCGAACUGGCAUCCCCGGGUUUGAAGGCUUGAAGAUUAGUUUGUCCAAUUAUGUUGGCGAAGCAAGAAUCUAUUUGGAGAACUUGAUCGCAGCAGCAGGUGCAGAAUGUACCAAAACCUUAAAACAAGAAAAUACUCAUCUGAUUACGGCACAUGGAACGAGUGAGAAAUGCAAUGCGGCGAAGGAAUGGGGCCUUGAAGUUGUCAACCACCUGUGGCUGGAGGACAGUUAUGCAAAAUGGAAGCUACAGCCGGCCUCGAACCCGCGAUACAGCCACUUCCCUCUGCGAACCAAUCUCGGAGAAGUCGCAGGCCAGACCCAGCUCGAUCGCAAUGUUUUGGAACAGGUCUUUUUCUCGUCCGGGGAGACUGCUCAUAGCCCACGGCGCGCAAUGCAUAGUAAGAACCGAAAUAUGGUUUCAGUGCAGCCUCCCGCUGAGAAGAAACGGAAGAUCAAUGAGGAUGCCUCGGAAACUUCGCACGGCACUCCGCAGGGCAAUGGGAAGUCGCGCGGACCUAUCCAAACACCUGCACGAACUCGAAUCAUGUCCGAGGGCAAAGAAAACGAGACCCCGUCGUCGACCAGUAGCCGCAAGUCAAAAGAGGCAGCAACUGCCCGACUACAUGAGUAUGCCCCAGACCUUGCCUUGUAUGAAAAGGAAAGGAAACGCGUGGGAGGUGUUAUCUACGGUGGCAGACGGAAGUCAGACGAGGGCCGGGUUCAGGAGAACAAGAAGCGCGCCUCACUUGAAGCUGAGGAUGAGAGCGAUGGCGAGCAAGUAGUGGAGACUAAACGACAGAAAAAGUCUCGGCCACCAAUUGCUAUGCACCUCCUAAUUACUGGCUAUCAGAGAUGGGUAGGGAAGGGCAACGAGAAGAAAGAGGAUGCAGAUAAGCGAGGCCUUCGAGAUCUCGGUAUUAUGGUGGUCCAAGAUGCCCGACGAUGCACUCACCUGGCCGCACCGUCGAUAUUGCGAACCACUAAAUUUGUCAAUGCACUCGCGUAUGCGCCGAUGAUCGUGAGCACCGACUUUAUCACCAGUUGCCUAAGGAAGGAGGAACUGCUGGACCCCUCCGAUUUCCCUCUGGAGGAUAAAGAAGCAGAGAAAAAGUACAAUUUUGACCUGUCUUCCGUCACAAGAAACGCAAAGAAGAACAAGAAUAAAAUGCUGCAGCGGUAUCGCAUCUAUUGCGUCGAGGACAUUCGAGGCGGAUUUGAUGCAUUCAAAUCUAUCGUUGAAACAAACGGAGGAGAGUGCAUGCUUUUCCGCGGCCGUCUGGCUGUAGCGAACCAUUCUCGGCGGGAGGAGAGCGACGAGGAAAGCGAAGCGGAAGACGACAAGCCUGCCCACAAAGAUGUCUUUCUUCUCAGCAGCGCCGGAGCUAAUCACGCCCGAGUCUGGCCUCGAUUCCGUCAAUUGGCGCUCGAUAUCAAGAAAACUCCACGGAUCGUCCGAGUUGAUUGGCUCCUCGACAUGGCCAUGUCACAGGAGAUACGUACCGCCGACGAAUAUGAGCUGACCGAGGAGAUGAUCGAGAAUACGGACCAGUAG